AAUUAUAAUUUUUUUUUUUUAUAUAUUCGUACAUACAUACCUAUUAUAUAUAUUUUGUUUUCAAUAAUUCUGUUUUGGUUACUGCUGCUGUCGCAUCACAAUUCAUUUUUUUUUUUUUUUUAUAAAUCCUUACUCUUGAUGGAAUUGUUGUUCUUCCCUGUUUUUUCAAGCUAGUCUAAUUAAAUGAUGUCAUGCCUUGAUGUUUUGUGCUUUUAUAAUUAUCUUUCUCUUAUUAUUCAAUAACAAAGAAAUAGAUUUUGUUCUAUAUCUUUAAUUACAGUGUAUUAAAACGUUUGAAAUAAUAACGUCACAUACACAUCCACAAUUAGAUUUCCACUCUCAUUCUCUAUGUAUCAUUUGAAAUGAAAAUGAAAUAGUAUGCUGUUCGUGAAAAAUACAAUUCUCGUACAAUAAUAAAGAAUUAAUAACAAGAAACAUAUUUAUGAUUCCAUUGAGACGGUUAUCACUUGUAAAUUCGAAUAUAAUUAUUUUAUAUAAUUGUAAACAAAUUUAUAUGUCAUAUCAUUUAUGUUAAUAAUAAAAAUCAGAAAUAUUAACCAUAGCAAAGCGUAUUCGUAAUUUCUGUUUGUUUGUUUGUUCGUUCGUUCAUUUAAAUAAUUACAAUUAUGAAUAUUGUAUUAUACUGUCAAUUAUCGUCGUUCGUGGUUAAAUAAAAAAUGAUUUUCAUGAAUGAUUUCAUUAUCAAUCGAUAAUUAUGAAAGUGGUCUGUCUGAAUCGUUGGGAAUAGUAAAAAUAAUAUAUAUGCAUAAUAUGCAUCUUAAUACGAAACAUAUGAUUGUUAAACCACUUUCAUAAUCAUCGUCGAUCGAUUCAUAUGUUAAAUGAGAACAUAGAAUUUGUCUACAUUUCAAAAAAUAAUAUUUUUUCUUUAUCAACACUAGUCUACAUUAUUUUGAUAUUACCAUUCAGCGAUUGGAUAACAAAAGUCAACAUUAUGAUUAUUGUGUUAACUCAUUAAGAUCGAUGUUUUAUUUAACAAUUCAAUCGCUGUUGGAUAAUCCAAAUGGUCUUCUUUUUGUUACCUUUAAUCUUCAAGAGUAUUUUUUAUAUUAAAUAAUACAAUUAUAGUUUAUUUUCUUUACUAUAAGUACAAUUAUUUUUAAAUAUAUUUCGCAUACUUUGAGCACAAUAACCAAAAGUUAGGAUACAUAUAUAAUAUUAUUAAUUAUUGGCGGCAAUAAAUAUGUAUGUGUUAGGAUUUCAAUGUAUUUCGAAAAAUGUUUGUCACUUUUUACGAUCCUCUAGAAGAGUUUCUGUGCACAAUUUAAUUAAACCAUAUUUAAUAUUAAUGCAAAAUUUUAUCCUAAAAAAAUACAAAUUUGUAAGAUAAAAAGUGACAUAGAUUUUUGAAAUCUUCAACACACAGAUCUUACGACAAUGUAUUUAUAUAGGAAGAUAAUAUUUGUUCUACAUCCAAAUUUUAUCCAAAUAAAUUUCUAACUAACUCAACAUCUGACAAGAACGUUUGUUACUCUAGACCACUUAUUCGAAGAUGGUUAUUUUAUCUUUGUACAAAAGCUACAAAAUCUAUUACAUAAGAUGUCCUCGAUCAUAACUUUUAUGCAUGCCACAUAAUAGGGAUGUAUGUUAGAUAUGUAUAUAUGAUAUAUACGUGCACAUAUAUCUCUAUCUGUUGGAAAUGAUGAUUUGGUAAUCUACAACGCUCUCGUGAUAUAUUUCUGACACGCGGACUACUCGAGGGUGUUUAAUUCAAUGUAAAAUUAAAAUCAUUGCCCCAACACCCUUGUAUGUUCAGGAACCUUAUCAUCGCCCUUCCAUCGUCGUUUAGCGUGAAUCCUCCUCCUUCCCUCUCUCUCUCUCUCUCUCUCUCUCUUUCUUUCCGUCUAUCUAUCAUCUAAAGAUACGCAGGAAAUGGGGUGUUUAAUGUUAGGUGGUCGAGUCUGACCCCUUGACUCUACACGUCGUCGGUAGAGAGUCCAAGAGGAGAGAGAAAGAGAGAGAGACGUAGGUAAAACACGGUUCCCCCCUUUUCGAACAAAUUGACGUGUCCGAGGAAGUGAUGGAAGGAUGGUACAAUGCGCUCGAACAUUUUACAAGCGAACCAAUGGGUUCUAUAUUAAAAUAGAACUCCACGCGUCCGAGCUUGACCGAGCAAAGUUGGUGUACGCUCAGUCGUCUGGUGUUGUCCCUCGAUCGCUUCUUCUUUCUCUCGACUUUUUUAAUCGGGACACCUCUGGAGAACCAGACCAUUUCUCGAUGAUCGUAUUCUGAAAGAAAAGAAGUAGCUUCUCAAUCGAAGACUUGUCUCCGUUACACAAACUACAAAUUUCAAGAUCGAUGUCCUGAAAAAUUGAAUACAGUCUCGAGAACUUUAAGUUCGAGGGACAAGGAUUAAAGAGGAAAAAAGUAUUCAUACUGCAUCCAGUUGGAGUUGUCAACGUGAAGAAAAUAUUUCAAGAAGUUUCAGAUUAGGUAUUUCGAGUCAAUAGAAGAAUUUGAUUUAUCUUGAUUAUCAUGAUUAAAGGAACUUUUCUGUUGCUUCUGUACGCAUCUUGCGACAUAGUUUUUGCAACACAAUGUGGAAAGGUAUGGUUGACGGUCUCCUCCUUAUGGAGACCAAUCGCUGCAAGUGAUAAAGUCGUCGAUACUGAAUUAGAAGUUAAUUGGGAACUGGAUUGUUCUAGGAGCACAGAAUACCCAGAUACCAUCAAGGUUUUCAGUGCUGACCCAUUGCAUAACGAUGCUAUCACACCUAAAUUGAUCUUAUCUCCAUUGGAACAUCCAAGAGGAUAUUAUCGGACUAAUAUCACCGUCGGUCGACCUUCAUUACCAGGUGGAUGGGAUACUCGAGAUGGUGCCACUCUUCCUGGUCCACAUUGUUUGAAACAUCACGUUGCUCUUUACAAGGAUGGUAAACUCUUUACGAGUUCUUGUUUGCAAAUUUGGCCAACUUGGAUGUAUGAUUAUAGAAGGCAACUUGGAAGACUACCAAUCGGCAACCUGAUGAUACCCGGGACCCACAACUCAGGUUGUUACAAACACGGUGAUUUGACUAGAACAGACAUUUACCAACGUUAUUUGCUAACUCAGGAUCGCGACGUUUGGACGCAGUUGGUACACGGAAUACGUUACCUCGAUAUCAGAGUUGGUUAUUAUCCUCUUAUCAGACCAAACGAUACAGAAUCAAGCGAAGAAAGUAAUAACAUCAACAGAUUCUGGAUAAAUCACGAUGUAAUAAGAAUUACGCCGCUCUCAGAAAUCAUCAGAGACGUUCGAAAUUUCUUAGAUGUUGCAAGAGGAGAAGUUGUUAUUAUGGAUUUUCACAGAUUUCCAGUUGGUUUUGAGGGUAGACCGAGCAGGCAUCAUAAACUGGCAACUAUAUUACAUCGAGAAUUUGGAGAUUUGAUCUUGAAACCUGAUAAAGAUUUCGUUGGCCAUGGACCUACUCUUAACGAUAUUUGGACCGGUGCUGGACGAUUGAUCAUUUGCUAUGGUGAUAAGCAUACAGUAAAUGAUUACGAAUGGCUUUGGCCGUCGUUGUCUCAAGCUUGGGGUAAUCAGCAAACGGUGGAAGGUCUUUUUAAGUAUUUGGACGAAGUGAUAAUAGGUCAUGCAGGACCUAGAAACAGUCCAAAUCCAUUGUGGGCCGUCAUGGCAGAAUUGACGCCAUAUCCGUUGGAUAUUAUCUUCAAACCAUUCGGUGGACUUCGACAAAUGGCUGAUGCUAUAAAUAGAAAUCUGACGGUGAAGUUUCAAGAGAAAUGGUGGAAAGAGACCAACAUCGUUGCUACCGAUUUUUUUCUUGGAAAUAAUCUCAUACAUGUUUCUAUAGAAUCGAACAUCAAAAAGAGUAACAUCGCCCAGUGGCGUUUUGAUAUAUAUUAAGAUAUAUCAACAAAUUACAGACGUCCGUUCUAAUCUUCAGAUCGAGAUCAAUAUCUUCGUAUAAGUGUCUCGUUAGCAAAAAUGUAUAAUUGAUCGAUCGAGAGAUAACGUUGUACAGUAAUAAAUUUGUAAUUAUUGAUCGCAAUCAUUUUUUUUUUUUCAAAUAUACUCGUAUACAUACUUGAACGAUGAAUAUUGAUGAAAUAAAGAAAAACAAAAUAACGACAUUUAAUCCGCGUUUUUACUCUCGAAUUCUUUGAACGAACGUAGAUUGAAACUAAUAACAAAUCAAACAAAAAUAAUAAAAAUCGAAAAAGAAUAUAAGCUGUAUUAUAUUUAGAUCUAAUUGUCCAAAUAAAAACGUUAUAUUUGUCGAAA